AUGUACAAUAAAGGUACUACUGCGCCUCAUUCAAUUCGAAAUGCUUUGCAUACUUCCGGCCUUAUGCCAUUUGCUGUAGAAAGCGUCGAUCAACAAAAGAAGAGAGCUUUAGCUCAAUUAAGAUCUAAGAAUACUGAUUUAGAAAAAUACAUUUUUCUUGCAUGGCUUAGAAAUACUAAUGUUAGCUUAUUUUAUCGUAUUGUUAUUGGUGAAUUGGAGGAAAUUACUCCCCUUAUCUACACUCCAACUGUCGGUACCGCCUGUUUGGAAUACUCUCAUAUUUCUCCUUUCCUUGCCCCACCAGGAAUACCAGACGGUCUUUAUCUUUCUUUAAAUGAUCUUCCAAAUUUAACCCAAAUAAUCAAAACCUAUCGUCCAUAUCCAUACGACGAUACUUUAACUCCACAAAUUGCUGUGAUUACUGACGGAUCAAGAAUUUUGGGAUUGGGUGAUUUGGGUGUAAAUGGUAUGGGGAUUCCCGUCGGAAAACUUCAAUUGUACGUUGCGGCAGCAGGAAUUGAUCCUCGACGUACUUUGCCAAUCACUCUUGAUCUUGGUACUAAUAAUGAAAAGAAUUUAAAAGAUGAGUUCUACCUCGGUCUUCGAAGUAAGAGGGUAGAUGACGAUCAAUUUUAUUCGUUCGUAGAUGCUGUCAUGAAAUCAUUGCUUAAAGUUUAUCCCGAACUGUUGAUUCAAUUCGAAGAUUUCUCAUCUGAACAUGCAUUUGAUUUAUUGUCCAAAUAUCGAGAAAAUACUUUCUGUUUUAAUGAUGAUAUUCAAGGAACAGGAGCUGUUGUUUUAUCUGGUUUUAUCAAUGCUGUAAAACUUGUAGAAAAGGAUGUUCAUCCAACAAAACAUCGAUUAUUGUUUUUCGGUGCUGGAUCCGCUGGUGUUGGUGUUGCCAAACAACUCCUUGAAUUUUUCAAGGUAGAACAUGGAAUGUCUGAAGAGGAAGCAAAGAGAUUGGUUUGGUUGGUAGACACAAAGGGUCUUGUAACAUUAGACCGUGGUGACAAUUUGGCUAAACACAAAGUAUAUUUUGCCCGUGAUGAUAAUGAUGGAAAUCAAUUUAAAACUCUUGAAGAAGUUAUAGAAUAUGUCAAACCAACUGCACUUAUAGGAUUAUCAUCAACAGGCGGAGUAUUUAAUGAAAAAAUUAUUAAUAGAAUGGCUGAAUUAAAUAAAAACCCAAUUAUCUUCCCAUUAUCGAAUCCAAAGGUUAAUGCCGAAUGUACUUUCGAAGAUGCAAUGAAGGGGACGGACAAUCGUGUGAUAUUCGCUUCCGGUACAGCAUUCCCUGAAUAUACUGUACCAGAAACUGGUAAAACUAAAUAUCCGGGACAAGGAAAUAAUAUGUAUAUUUUCCCUGGUUUAGGUUUAGGUGCAAUUCUUGCUAAGCCAAAAGUCAUCACUGAUAAACAAAUAUAUAUAUCUGCAUCUGCAUUAUCUACUUCGUUAACCGAGGAGGAAAAAUCAUUAGAACUUCUUUAUCCUGUUGUAAGUCGUAUUCGUCAUGUAUCAGCUCAAGUUGCAGCUGCUGUAAUUGUCGAAACGGUGGAAGAAGGUUUAGCACGUGAUAAACAAAUUAUUGAGAUGGUACAAAAUGAUAUUGAAGUAUUGAAAACUCGAAAAGGAAAAGAAUGGGAUAAUUUGGUUAAAUUUGUUCAAGAAAAUAUGUGGGAUCCUGAUAGUGAAAAAUUCUUCAAUACUGAAGAACUUUUGAGUAAAAGUAAAAUGUAA